AUGGAGAAGCACGAAGACCCCCCAGCCACCCAGUCCUUGUCACUUUUCCGGCUCGUCGUCGACCAGGCUCGCGUCACAGACGAGGUCCUCAACUAUCCGUAUCCGGGAGCAGGCACCGUCGAUGAUCCUUACGUCGUCACAUAUAUCCCGAAUGACCCGGGAAACCCGUUCACUUGGUCGGAGCGGAGGCGAUGGGUCCUCAGUCUGAUCGUGGCCACGGAGAUGCUCGCCACGGCAUAUGCGUCGAGCGCAUUCAGCGGGACGCUGGAACAACUCAUCAUCAAUCUUGGGGCGAGCACAGAGUUGAUCACCGCCGGCAUCUCGCUGUUUGUCCUCGGUUUUGCUGUUGGCCCUCUCCUCUGGGCCCCUCUGUCGGAGCUGUACGGACGCCAGUUGAUAUUUGGAAUCAGCUUUUGCGGCUUCACGGCCUUCUGUGCAGGUUGCGCUGGCGCCAAUGACAUCGCCACGCUGCUGGUUCUGCGCUUUUUCGCGGGAGCUUUUGGUUCUUCACCGUUCACCAACGCCGGCGGAGUCAUCGCCGACUGCUUCCAGGCGCGGGAGCGGGGUUUGGCCAUGUCAAUAUUCGCCCUGGCACCCUCGAUGGGUCCGACAUUGGGUCCAUUCAGUGCGGGCUUCCUCGCCGAGGCCCAAGGUUGGAGAUGGGUGAUGGGUCUCCUGGCGAUCUUUGCAGGAGUCAUGUGGAUUCUGGGCGCCGUCUUCGUCCCCGAAACAUAUGCUCCGGUCAUCUUGAGGAAGCGAGUUGCGAAGUUGGCGACAAUGACGGGCAAAGUAUACAUCUUGGAGGCGGACAAGGGCAAGGGCGCGCCAUCCAUCAAAACCCUGCUGCCGACCGCUUUGAUUCGUCCCUGGAUAUUGUUGUUCAAGGAGCCAAUUGUCCUGCUUCUGUCUCUGUAUAUCGCCAUCAUCUAUGGCACACUCUACCUGCUUUUUGGUGCAUAUCCGAUUGUCUUUCAACAAGUCCGCGGCUGGUCAGAGGGCAUUGGCGGACUUCCAUUCCUCGGCGUUGCGGCCGGCAUGGUGCUCGGCAUCCUUUUUGCGGGUUGGGCAAACAAGUGGUAUACCGACGAGGCAGCAAGAAACGGCGGCAUUGCUCCUGCAGAAGCACGAUUGCCGCCUGCAUUCUACGGCGCUGUCGCAAUCCCAGUUGGGCUGUUCUGGUUUGCCUGGACAGACUAUCCCUCUAUCCACUGGAUUUCGCCAGUCCUAGCCGGUGUCCCAUUUGGAUAUGGCUUCACAGUGGUCUUCCUGGCCGUCACGAAUUACCUGGUCGACUCGUACACCAUCUUCGCAGCAUCCGCCUUGGCAGCCAACACGGUGUUGCGGUCGCUGUUUGGUGCCGCCUUCCCACUCUUCACCCCGGACAUGUUCGAUGCUCUUGGGAUCCAUUGGGCAACCUCCGUCCCAGCCUUUGCUGCACUGGCCUGCGUGCCAUUCCCGUUCAUCUUCUACAAGUACGGAGCCAGGAUCCGCAGCCGAUGCGUCUAUGCCGCUCAGUCAGAGGCUGUUAUGGCCCAACUCCGCGCAAAGGCUGUCGCAUCGAAUGCCCAACCAUCGGAACCGGAAGAGAAGGUCUCACGGGGAUCGACCAGUGACGAUUCGACCGAUUCUGAGAAAGACCUAGACGGGUCCCAACCCAGAUUUGAGCCUAUUAAGAGUAGAAAGUCAUUUGCGUCGGAGAGAGGCGGCAGGGCGUCCUUGACGAGGAUGAGAUCGAAUACUGGAAGCAUUUUCGAGGCAGCCAAUUAUCAGGCCAGUCCAUACGAUAUUGACCGCGUAAACACCUCGACGUCCGUGGCAGGGCUCGAUCUGACAAGGACGGCGACGAACCGCUCUGGCAAUAGAUGA